AUGAAACGACGUGUAACGCCCAUUAAUUUUGAUUCAACAGAACCCAAUAAAAUUUUUUCGCAUCUGCAACGAAUCGACUCACAGCUGACAUGUAUGCUAUUUCUGCAAUCCCUCACUGCCGUUAUUGCGUAUAUUCCUUAUGGAGCUGCAGUUCUUUAUUUCAACAUCACUAGCAAGUGGACUAAAUCAACAACACGACAGGCUUGGGAACAAGUAAUUGCUAACAUCAUCCGUUUAUGUUCUUAUCUGUUUGCUGCGACUGGUUUUUAUGUAUCAAUGGUUUCGAAUCGUGGAUUUCGCGAACAAUUUAUGCGUUCAUUUGGAAUAAAACGAGCCGUUCGUCCACCAAGUAGAAUCAGAAAUCAUUGUUAG